UUCACAUUCACUUUCUCUUUUUCUUUGUAUUAUUUUAUUGUUAUUUAAUUUUUCUUUUUUUUCAUUUAUUGUCAUACGUCAUUUCCAAUAUUGUGACAAGAAAUUGAUCUAAGUUUAUUUUGAAUAUAAAAUAAUUCAACAUAUUGAAGAAGCAAAAGGAAGAAGCAAAAGGAAGAAGAAAAAGAAGAAGAAGAAGAAGAGGAAAAAAUAGAAAUAGAAAAUGUAUGAAGUUGACGUGUUUUAAAAGUUGCAACAAGAAAGAGUAUAAACUCAUAUUUGAAGGCCAACUCAAACUUUCAAGAAAAUGACAUUAAACGACAAAAUGGAAAACAACGUGGAAAAUACAAUCAGCAAUGGCGAAAAAAUGAAGCAGAUAGAAUCAAACAAUCAUGAUAAUACAGCUAAUACAGCGGCAAUUUCAAAAUAUCGUGAGGCAUUACCGCAAUGUUGUGCUGUCGGUGCCAAAAAUUUGGUUUUGAUCACGUUUGGUUCUACAUUGGGUUUUUCUACAAUUUUGAUACCAGAAUUACAAAGCAAAAAUUCGGACAUUCCAACGACCAUUGAAGAAAUUACAUGGAUCAGUAGUCUGAAUUUAUUUCUGGUGCCAUUGGGUUGUUUUGUAAGUGGUCCAAUAUCCCAAUAUUUUGGUAGAAAACGUACGAUGAUGCUCGCAAACAUUCCAUUCAUAAUGGCCUGGUUAAUCUUUCAUUAUUCUUACAAUACCACAAUGCUAUUCAUAGCUUUAGCAUUAACAGGACUCACUGGUGGAUUAAUUGAAGCCCCAGUAAUGACAUACGUUGCUGAAGUCACUCAGCCACGUCUACGAGGAAUGUUAUCAGCUACAUCGAGCAUGUCAGUCAUUUUAGGAGUUUUCUCACAAAUGCUUGGUGGUAGUUUAGCCAAUUGGAGAACUGUAGCAAUGGUCAACUUGGCUUAUCCACUCAUAUGUUUCACCGCACUUUUCUGUGUUCCUGAAAGUCCUCAUUGGCUAGCCGCAAAGGGUCGUACCGAAGAAGCUGAAAGUGCGUUGUGCUGGCUCCGAGGAUGGGUCAAUCCAAUCCACGUGAAAACAGAGUUCAAUGACAUUGUCAGGAAACCUGUUGAUGCAACUUCAGAAGAAAAAGAACAAUUUUGGAAAUAUUACAAAAAAAGAACAUGCUAUGUACCUUUCAUAUUGGUAACAAUAGCUUUUUUCAUUGGUGCAUUUGGUGGUACUUCGAUUCUUCAGACAUUUGCCGUUGUCAUUUUUGAAGAAAUGAGUGCACCUAUUGACAAAUAUACAGCUGCUGUAUUUCUUGGGAUUGCUGAAUUAAUUGGCACUGUGAUCUGUGUAUCAACGAUUCAUUUUACUGGCAAACGUCUUUUAACUUUCUUCUCAUUAAUUGGAAUAGGAUUAUGUUUGCUUCUUGCUGCUAUCUAUGGAUACCUAAAUGAUAAUAAGAUAAUCUUUGUUGAACAUUAUUCUUGGAUACCAAUGACUUUGAUAAUAGGUGCUGCAUUUCUUUCACAUACUGGUAUCAGGUUAUUACCUUGGAUUCUAGCUGGUGAAGUAUUUCCUGUUAAGGUACGAAGUAGCGCAACUGGUGCAGUUGGAUCAAUGGGAUACAUUUUUAUGUCAAUCGCAAACAAAACUUUUCUGUAUAUGAAGUCUGGUAUGACUUUAUCGGGGACGUUAUUGUUUUAUGCUUUGAUAAAUUGUAUUGGUGGAAUUAUACUCUAUUAUAUACUACCAGAAACUGAAGGUAGAACGUUAAGAGAAAUUGAAGAACAUUACGCUGGAAUUCAAAAUUUAAAAGAUCGACCAAAAAAAGAAGAACUACCGUUCAAAGAAAAAUGGGCAGCGACAAAUCCUACUGUCAUUUACGACGACGAAAGUAAACUUUAAAUUAACAUUUAAAAUAUGAAAAUUUAUUUAUAUAUAUAUAUAUUAGAUUGUUCGGAAAGUAAUUUCGUUUUUUUUGGGGAGGGGGAAAUGAAAGACAAUUUUCGUAUAAUGAAUAAAUAUUUUAUUCAAUUAUAUAUUGGCCAUUCUGGUCCAACACCUUUUACCAUCUUUCUGGUAGUAGCAUGAUUCCACGCUCAUAAAAUUUUUGGUCUUUGCUGGCAAAAAAACGGAUCCAGGUGAUUUUUGACCUCUUCAUUUGAAAUGAAGGUUUUACCGUUCAAAAAAUUUUGCAAUGACCGAAACUAAUAAUAAUUCGAAGGUGCCAGAUCUGGAGAAUAUGGUGAUUGUGGCAGUGUAUCCCAUUCAAGCUGUAAAAGCUUUUGGCGAAUGACCAAACUUGUAUGAGGUCUCGCAUUAUCUUGAUGGAACACUACACCUUUUCUGUUGAUUAAUUCUGGCCUUUUUUGUUGAAGUGCAUACAUCAUUCAGUUUGUCCAGCUGAUGACAGUAGACUUCCGAAUUAAUUAUUGUGUUACCUGAUAAAAGCUCGAAAAAAACGAUUCCUUUAAAAUCCCACCAAACAGACAGUAUCACCUUUUUUUGAUGGAUAUUGGCUUUCGAAAUGUUUUGAGCCGAUUCAUCGUUUUUACUCCAUGAUCUCUUGCGUUUGACAUUGUUAUAUACAACCCAUUUUUCGUCCCCAGUAAUGAUCCGCUUCAAAAAUGGAUCAUUUUCGUGACGUUUGAGAAGCUAAUCACAGACGUCAACGCGACGACACAAAUUUCUCUCCGUGAGAACAUGGGGAAUCCAUAUAUCGAGCUUCGAGGUUAAACCCAGGCCUUUCCAGUGGUCAUAAACAGUUGAAUUCGAUAAAUUUAACCUCUCACCGAUCUCACGUGUUGUUAUUCGCCAAUUUGCAUCAACUAAUGCCUUUAUCGUGUCUUUAUCAGUUUCAACCGGCCUUCCAGAACAUGGUGCAUCUUCAACAUCAAAAUUGCCGGAUCGAAAUUUUGCAAAACCAGUUUUGGCACUGGCGUACUGUCAACACACAUCGGUUAAUUUCUUUCUAGCUUGAACAGCAUUUUUACCUUUUCUAUAGUAAAAAAAAGUCAAAUAUGACGAAAAUGUUUCUUAUUGCUCUCCAUAUUUAAAAGGGCACCAAUCAAAAACUACUGCGUAGAAUUAAUUGAACUUUUUCACACACAAGCCUUGUUAUAUCAGCUC